AUGUCGCUCUUGGUAACCAGCUAUCUGUACAUCGCGACCGCGUCUCACGCAGCGCCGCCUCGGUUUUAUGAGUAUCACGCUGCUUGCUCAACUGCGUUAUCAUACGAGCAUGCUCUGCAAUCUAAACGGGCCGUUGUGCUCCAUACUCCCGGUCGCUGUCCUUGUGAGAAUCCGAGGGAUGACGCGGGACAAAGAACACUCAACCAUUAUCAUCGAUGUCAUUGUUGUUUGUCUCCAACAGGUCGGCAUCUGGUCGCGUAG